UGUGGAAAUUUAAUACAUCUCAGGCUAAGCUACAUUUCAGGCAGUUCAACAUGGUAGCAGCAAGUCAUUUUCAGCUGUGGUCAUGAGCACCAGUUAGCAGUGGUGCACGCUUCAUGCAAUAGGCUCUCAAUAUUUCUUGACUUUGGAAUGAGCACACUAAACUCAACGUUUUUGAUCAACUUUGCGUAUUCAUGCUCACAGAGGUUUCAAAGAAAUUGUAGUGCAGCCUACAACUUUCAGAACUGAACUGCAGAUUGACUGCAACAAACUGCAAGGAUUUGUCAACUUAAGAAUAUUAUUGAUUAGCACAUUUUGAGUCCCAAAGAUGGCUGAUUUAUCAAGCAACUACACUGAACUGUCGCCUGUUUUAGUCGCUCUGCGGACUUGCUUCAUCGUUCUCAUUGGACUGCUGAUUGUAGCUGGCAACAUUCUUUCGAUCUCUGUGACGCGCCGCAUGACCAACUUGGCCGACAGCACCAAGGUCCUCAUGACCAUGUUGGCGGCCAGCGACCUGCUUGUUGGGUUAUUGUCACUUGUCACCAGCGUCGCUUCCGGUCUUAACCGGUGGCCGUAUGGUGACAUAGGAUGCACCAUGGCCUCAUACUGUAUGAAUACGAUUCUCUGCAUGUCUUUGUUCUCAAUAAUCAGCCUGAAUGUUGAUCGUUACAUCGCGAUAACGAAACCUUACAAGUUUCCUGUAUGGUGCACCAAACGACGGGCCAUCAUUCUUGUACUCGCUACGUCAAUUGUAUCUGUAUUAGGUUCAAUACCUGCGUACUUAAUAGGAACCCAGUAUUUCGCCGGCCCAGCGUUGUGCUAUUACAGAAACGGUACAAAUGUGCUAAACAUAAUUGCCUUUCUGUGGUGUAAUAUCAUCCCGACGCUUGUCAUGACGGGACUCUACUAUCGCAUUAUUCGCAUCAGUCGCCAACACGAGCUACGGGAAAACCGUAACCAGAACGCGGAAAACAACGUCACCAGGGAGCACAAAGCGCUGAAGGCAUUUCUUGUGGUGAUGCUGACGUUUUCUGCGUGCUACAUACCUUUUAAUUUGAUGCACAUCGUGGAGCGUUCAACGGAUUGGGCCAGUCCGGACUGGCUCAGGUUUCUAACUUUUUGGUUGCUUUAUUCCAACAGCGCCUUCAACGUGUUUAUUUACUGUCUCUUCAACCAGGCUUACCGCCAAACGGCGAAGAAGAUCAUUACCGAGAGACUCCCGUGUUUGAAAAGGUCGACCGUUGGACCGUUGAAUAUCUAAUCGAUAUAUGCAUGAACAGUAGGUGGCGCCGUGUCAUCCACGGUGUGAGCACCAUGUGCAAGACACAAUGUGCUCGUGUAUUGGUUCGUGGGUGCACGUGCACAGUACGCAAGAAUCAUUCUAGCUUGUGAACAAGCUUGAAUCGUGUCAGUGUCAGGCUUAAGGCAUCCCUACAUUCAUAAGUUCAUCUUAACUCUCCCUCUUUGAGGGGAUACCAUCGAGGGGGUAAGUCUUGGGGUUCCCGGCACUUUAUGAAAACAAGAUUCCCUGAGUUUUCCCUGAUGUUUCCCUGAGAAGUUUCCACAAUUCCCUGAGAAAUAUGUUCACUUUAACGAGGAUUCUGGGAAGUCAAAAGGUGGUUGCAGCAAAGCAACUAAGCUAAAGUCUGAUACUAGUCACACCGCAUAAACGAUUAUUUCAGCAGCGAUUUUGGAAGUUGUUUGAUCGACAGUGUGACAUAAACAACAUU